AUCAGGAAGUGCGAACCCAGAUUGGAAGGAGGCCUGGACCCGGACCGGCGAUCUUGGGAAGGCGUGAGCUAACGUCUGGACAUGUGGAAUCCUAACGCUGGGCCAAAUCCAUUUCCACCCCAAGCUGUGUGCCCAGGAGGUUCCAAUCCUGCCUGUCCACCACCUCUCAAUCCCGCCUUUCCCCCUGGCCCCUGUCCUCCCGGAAUUCCCCAGGGAAACCCAGCCUUCCCUCCAUGUCGCCCCCCUUACCCUGUACCACAACCAGGGUGUCCAGGAUACCAACCCUCAGGUCCCUACCCUCCCCCAUACCCGCCAACCGCUCCUGGCAUGUGCCCUGUGAAUCCUCCGGCUCCUGGCAUGUUAGGCCCAGGAAUGGUGAUAGACAAGAAGGCGAAGAAGAAAAUGAAGAAAGCUCAUAAGAAGGCACACAAACAUCACAAGCACGGGAAGCACUCCUCCUCCUCCUCCUCUUCCUCCUCUUCCAGCAGUGACUCUGACUGAACGCAGGGCCUGGAGCCUCCUCCCCUCAAGCCUCACCAGCUCCACUCCCACCAAGCUUCAGCUGUCAUCUUGUAUUGAGGGGAAUUAACCCUCUGCUCCCUGCCCCACUCCUACCUGUGCCUUCCCACGCUGUGUGGUCCUAGCUAUCUAGGGAGAAUGAGAAGGUGAUUGCCAAGGGCUAGCAAAAGCUGCCUUCACCCUGCUUGAUGUUAUCAUAGAGGUCAAUGGAGGAACUGUCUUUUGAAGAUGGUGAGACCUCUGAGCUAAAUGGGAAGUACCAUUUUAAGAUCUGCACCAUGUGGGGUGUUUUUUUUUUUUUUUUUUUUUUUUUUUUUUUUUUUUUUUCCACUUUCUUUUGUAACACUUGUGACUUGGGUUUGUGGCAGUCUGUGACGAAAAGCCUGUACUUUUGUAAUGGCGGCACACGUGAGUGAUUUAAUGGCGACUGUAUUUCCCACAGGCCUUAUUGAUCGCUGUAACUGUUGCGUUGCUGGGAGGUGCAGUCCCUUUACUUGAUGGGCUCUUUUGAAACCUGACUUAUUCCUUAGUUCAGUAUGUUAUCUCAGAUGGCUCUAAGUCCAAAUAAAAGCUACUCUCCCAGCAGA